GAGACGAAACAAUAAUAUAUUAUUCAAACUACAAAAUUUAAAAAAUGACAAAAUACUGGAUUUACUCUUUCAAUUAAGAAUUACAAAACCAUAGAUUGAAUAUAUAUGUUACAUCUACUGCAGUUGAAUAAAUGAAGGAAACUUAGCGUUAUCGCCAACAUGACGUCCAAGGAUGCCGUCCCUGUAGAAUACGUAGAUUCACUCUCCAUGAAAUGGGGCAUAGGACUUGGUUGUGAACUAGUGAUCGUACUGUCUUCCUUAUUCGGGUUCCUACUGAUACCGUUCCUCAAGAAGCCCUGGUUCCCAGUACUGUUGACUGGUCUCGUAGGCUUGGCAGUUGGAACACUAGCAGGCACUGGUGUCCUCACAUUAUUCCCAGAUGCAUUCGAUAUUGUGGAAAAAUAUGAAGAUGAUAAUACGCAUAUAUGGAAGGGCCUGGGGAUACUUGGUGGCCUGUACUUCUUUUUCCUUACUGAACGUAUCGUGAAAAUUGCCACCAUAGGGUCCGAAGCAGCACAUGGUCACAGCCAGAAUUCGGCGACGGCAAAUAAAAACAUGGAACUUCCUCAAAAAGAAAGUCUUCCGCAAAAGAAAGAGUCCAAACUGGACGAUGUACGGGAAAUGACCAAGUUUGAAAGACAAGCAUCAGAAGCUACAAUCGUAUCAACAGGCAGUCAAAUCCAACUUGUUAGUGCGAAAAGCACUGAAAACCUGAAUGGGGGAAUGACAAACGGGGUCUUUUAUAUAGGCGAUGGAAAUAUGCCUGACAUUCCAGGAAACUUUGCAGUUGAAACCGUCGUCCAGAAUGUCACCGAAAUGGACAAAGCGUCUAACAAGGUACCCUUGAUAGCAUGGGUCUUGUCUCUUGGCGAGGGUUUUCAUCAUCUUAUAGAUGGCAUCAUUGUCGGUGUCGCAUUCUCCCAAAAUGUGUUCGGGGGCAUAUCCAUUGCAGUAUCUAUCCUCUGUGAGGAAUUCAGCCACAAACUUGGCGACUAUGCAAUUUUAUUAAGUGCUGGGAUGAAGCCCUGCAAGGCCAUGCUGUUUAAUUUCCUCCAGUCGUCGUGUAAUUUACUGGGCUUCAUAGGUGGCAUGUUUCUCGGCGAGAAAGAGGGCGCUGCAGGGUGGAUGUAUGCAGUUGCAGCCGGCAUGUUUGUCUACCUCGCAUAUAUUGAAAUGGUCCCGGAGUUGGACAAAACCUUACAUGACCAGAAGACAAAAGCAGAUGGUGCAAAAGUAUUCUUUGUACAAAAUGUGGGCAUACUUACUGGAGAGCACAAUUGCAAAACAAUGUGGGAACCGAUCAACGUUGAGGAUAUAGAAGCUGAGGUGACAACGCCCACUCAAGACACAAUGGCUACCAACGCACGUCCAGGUGGAUCAGAUAAGACGAUCGCAGACACAAUGUACCAAAUGAUGCAAGUGAUGACAAAGAUGUUGUUGGCAAACAACGAGGAAAGAGACAUCAGAAAACAAGAAAUGGAAGCAGUGAGAGAACUGGUCAGAAAUAGUUGUAGUAAUAGUUCGCAAAAUGAGAGAGUGGUUUUGGAAGAAGAACUGAAUGAGAUUAGGAAUCAAAGAGAACUGGAGAGAACACUGCGUGAAGAGGAAAGAAAGAAACGAGAGGAGGAUCGCAUUCAAGAAAGAAGAAGGAUUGAAGAAGAAAUAGCUGCUCGUGAAAAGGAACGGGAGAUGAAUGAAACACUGAGAAAAGAAGAAUUACAAUUAAGAGCUGAAGAACUCGAGAGUAGAAGAAGGGAAUGGCUAAUGCUGCUUGAAACGCUUUCAGAGAUGAGUACUUCAAGCAAUCGUCCAACUGGUGCUAAGGGAUCUUACAUUGACAUUGAAAUGAAACAAUUGCAGAUGAAGGAGUUCAAAGUCGCAAGUCAACUGAGACGAGUGUACAACUCAGAUGCGGUGAAGCACGUUCAGUAUUUACAUGAAAUCGGGAACAUCCAUCGCAGGAUGGGAGAACUGAUCCAUGAACCAUUUGAAUAUAUGAAGGCAGUUGCUAUCUAUGAAUGUGCCAUUGCACAUAGCGAGGGAUGUACCCAAGAGGUAGCUAAAGAUCUCAAGGAAAAGCUUGAGACUGACCGUAAUAUGACACUAGAUCUUUUCUACCAGCAAUGUACCGGUAGGCCUCUACCGGAUGAUUAUAUUGACUUAGAUCGAGCUAACAAACGCGCCUUGGUAAAGAUAAGAGAAAAAAUGCAAAAGAAGUUAAAUAAGCUAGACGACUUUGAAGAAAUGCGUUGUUACGUCGAGGGUCUCUCAGAAAAGGAUACUAGAAAAAAGGAAACAAAAAGGGUGAAAGAAAUCGGCAAACUAUAUGUCUGGAUAUUCAAGGAGAUGAAGGAAUUUAUAUCGAGUCUAGUGAAACAGUGUGAGGAAGCUCUGAACAUAGAAAAUCUCCAGUAUGCGCUUGUAAGCUUUGGCUCAUAUUCAAGAAAAGAAACCACUCCAAUGUCAGAUGUUGAAUUUGCAGCGGUUGAAAAAACGAAUGUCACUUCCAUGAAGUCAACAACAAAAGACACGUUGAAAAACCUGGUGUUGGCAUUGCAUAUGAAAAUACUGGCAUUGGGUGAAACAGUCCUUCCAGCUCUCGCCAUUCCGUCACUGAAUGACUUCACUUCAUCUGACAAAUCACGCAACUGGUACUUUGACAAGAGAGAUGGGGUGUCACUGAAGAAAGGGAUAUCAUUUGAUGGCUUAAUGCCUGGUGCCAACAAAACUCCAUACUACACAAAGAGUCUAAAAGAUCGGGAUUUCUGCCUUUUGAACACAAUGGGAGCGUUCAUAAAAUGCUACCACGAAGAUGACAUCAGUGACUUGACGUUCCUCUUCAAAGGGGACUUCGAAACGCUACAUGGUGAUCCGGAAGUAGCUGAGAAGAUGAAAAGCAUAUUCAAAGCAGAUGGAGAACAGCGGGAUAAAAUACGCAAGGAAAUCAAGACUGAAAUGGCUGCAGACCUAAAAAAGUAUUCAUGUAUUAAGCAACUAUACGACAGAAAGUACAACCGACAUGCAACUGCAUCCGAAUAUGACGUUAAAAAGGAAUUCUACCGCCUGCCUAGUGUUGUUAUUAGCAACCUCCUACAUUUGUACAAAUGUGACCAAUCAUGUUUCUGGGAAGUUGACUCAAUACCUGGGGUACACGACGACAAUCUUCAUCAACUGAAGAUGCUUCUUGCCUCGGCUGCAGAGUUGAGAUUACGUUGCUAUAGUUACCAUAAUGGCCAAGUAGAUAGAUCAGAGGGGCGUCUCUUUCCUGACUUCUUGGUCGGAGAAAACGUGAACGCUAAUGUGUUUCUGGAGAGGCUCAUACUGAGAUACUAUAUGACAGCCAUACCACUGGUAUUCACGAUAGAGGAACAAGAUGAUGGCGCUAGCCUUUACGGUUCACUAGAGACGCCACGAUUGUAUGAUCCUUCUUUGAUCAAUCAAGUAAUCGCUUACAUCAUGAUGAAGAAGACAACGAAAGCAGUGCAGCUCCUGAAGAAGGCAAAUGAGAACUACAAACAUGAGAGCCCAACAAAAGCAAUAAUGCACAUUCUGUGUAACAUAUACAUGAACGACACUGCCGAGAGUAAAGGAUUUUGUGAUAAACUGAGAAUACAUGUCUACAAUGAUAAAAACACCUCAGAAAUGGAUGUACUUGGCGUCGCUUACUCACAAAGCAAAGAGUACGAGUCAGCAAUGCAGCUUCACAAAGAUGCCCUGAAGAUUAAAGAGAGUGAAGAGAAAAGUGACAAGAAAGUGACCGUCCAGUUACUUGCUGAUACAUUCCUAAUGGCAGGUGACACAGAACAAUACAUCGACCUCGCAACCAAAUAUCCUGACCUGAUCUACUCCGAAAAAGAUAUGCAACAAUUGAAAACGUUACACCAAGAAGUCGUGGAUCGUAUGUAUAAGACUAUCGAAGAACUGAAACAAAAACAUGGUCACGAAACAGGUCAGCUUCGUAUUGCUAUUGAAACGCUGAAACAAGAAAGAUUGCAAGAUGAACAACGUAGAGUGGACAAGGUUGAUCACCAGCCCUCUGCAGCAGUUGCCCCUGUAAUCGACAACAAAGAAUUGCAUACCCUCAGAUCGACAAUAACAGAAAAUGAUCAAAUCAUUCAACAGCUCAAAACUGAAAAGGACGAGUCUGAUGCAAAACUGAAGGAAUUAGCCUCUGAUACAUCUAAAAUGAAGAAACAACAUGGUGAAGAAAUUGAGGAUUGGAAAGGUAGACUGAGCGAACUCGCAGCCCGUAUAUCAAAAAGCAACGUUGUGUACCAAGCAUUAACAAUGGUCGAGGAAGAUUUCAAAACAAAGAUGAUGGCUCAAGAGAAGAAUUUGACACAAAAGUUUAAUGAUGAGAAAAAACAUCUUCAGCUGAGGAUUGAAGCUAUUGAGAAAGAACACCGUAUCGAACUAGAAGACAUUGAACGCAAACACAAUUGGGAAAGAGACGCUAUGGUGAAGAAACAAAACGAUAUUGUUGAACAGGCUGAAAAGAAUCUGGCAGAUGCGAAGAAAAGACACUUACGGGAAAAUACACUACUUUUAAAAAGAAUCGACAAUCACACUGAAAAACACGAGAAACAAAUAGAAGAAAUCAAGAAGAGUCAUUAUAGGGAAAAAACUGCAUUACAAAAGAACCAUAAUGACGAGAUUGUUGAACUCCAAAAAAGAAUAGAUAGACUUAAAAAAUCUUCCAUAAAGAAAUAGCUGGAUCACGAUGUUCUAGAUUCCUGCGCGCUAUCGCUGUUGUGUAUUUAUCCUGUGGCACAAUUAAAACAGUGUUCCCUAAAUUGGGCCAGUAUUAAAGCAUUUCAUGUGCUUUAGUUUAGUAUAUAUGCCAAUGAAAUAAGUAGGAAGGUUAAAUAUUUGAGAGAACUUCGUACGUGAUCAUGUAGCAUUACGUCACCCUCUCAAAUCACAAUGAGUUUUUCCAGGGACCCAAGUAGUACUUUUUUCCUCAUACCUUUAUACUCAAUCGAGUAAGUUAAUACUACGAAAUAGAGAACUAAUCCUUUGAGGACCAUAUUUCUCCACCUUUACGUACAAGUUCUUUUAAAACAUACCAACCCCCUAAUAUCAAACAUGCUGAACGCCAAGAGUGUUUUACCUCUUUAUUAAAAGUAUUGGUUGAGGUUUGGCUGGGUUACCUUUUGUUUGAUACAGUUUUAUGUUAAUUUCCCACACAAUUUCAGUGGCCU